AUGAAAGAAGACACGGUUAUUCGCGUGAAGAACGAGAACGGGAGGCUUGGACUUCAAGAAGAAGAAGAAGAAGACACAUCGGACCGUCAAAAGGCUGGACUGGAUUUCGAGUUGGCGGCCGACAUGAACUCGCCGUUCCUCAUGAUCCCGUUCCCGCAGAUCUACCUGGCCAUCGGGCUGAUGGUCUUCGUCUGCCUUUUCUCCAUUAUCUUCCUUAUCAUCGCAAAAGGCUACUACUACUACGGAGGAUACGUGAGUCGCUUCCGAACCGUCUAGACCAUACACGCCUACAUGUUCAGUUGUUCUGGACGAUCCUCGUCGUGCUGGCGGUCUUUCUGCCGGACAUUUUCGAUCGCUGGUGGCACUGGCUCCUUCAGGCCAUCAUAUGGGGCAUCUACGCCUUCUGCAACUUUAUCUUCUUCAUCCUCGUCUUGAACGACAUCGGCACGAUUGAGGAGGCCAUUGAAAAGAGUCCUGGAAGCUUCACGGGUAAUUUUAUAGGUUUUUUUUGUUAUUCAAAUGCUCAUUAUACUUCAGACGACCAAAAGAGUUGGUUGGCUCGUGUCAAGGCGAUGAACUACGUGAACACUUUUCUCUGUGAGCCGGCCCUGCUCGUCAUCGCCUUCAUUUUGAUUCGAAUCGCCGUUCAUGGGCUCAGAAACCGAUAA